UUCAGUAUGAAUUGCUUCAUUUUACUUUUGCUGUUCAACACAGUCAGUGUACAUCUGACUAACUGGUUAGCUUCCAUCACGCAGGAGAGGUAUUUACAUUUUCAUCCAGAUSUCAGCGAUAUCACAUCCGUAUCCAUAGGGACCUAUCAUUUAAAACUUCUUCAGACAAAAAACCCUUUAAGCUGCUGGUUGUCAAAGCAGGAAACAAAUGUCCCCCUGAUACGGUUGAUAUCGGAUAUCAAAUGACAAAAACUGCAAAUGUUCAAAAUAGGAAAAUGACGAGAAAGUCCCUUCGGUCAGAGACAACAUACUGUUUCUACCCUAACAGUUAGAGACAAGAAAUACAACAUUUUGAAGAUUUUUCUUUUCUCUUUUUUAUUUUUUUACUGAAAAAUGGCUACUGGGAUCAUUUAGGCAUCAAUGCAAGCUGGACCCAAAUCAKUCAUUUUAUCCUAUGUGUUUGGUGAUUAGAGUGGAAUGCAACUCAGACAUGUUUACAGCCAGUUUCCAACAGAGGUCAUCCUUGGACAAAGAAAAUCAAUUGCUGGUCAUUUCAGUCUUUUGCCGUUUAGUGCCCAAUUUUUUGAAGCUGUUUUUGUGCAGGGGAGGAACAUUUGUCACCCAUUUGACAACCGAUAAGAAUAGUACCGAUCUAUGUUUUACUCAGUUUCAAAGUAAAGAAAUCAGGUUUUGUGACUCCAAUAAAUGACAUCUAGAUUUGCAACAAUGGCAUCCAUAGACUGGUUCAAAUAUCAAAAUCCUCAUAUCUCACAUUUUCCCUGCCAAUACCCAACACCAGAAACCUUUAUGACGUCCAAACACUGCUGGGAAAAUGUUCUGUGGACUGGAAAAACAAAACUAAAACAUUUCAGAUGGUUCAUGUCCUGUUUCGUGGAGCGUAAAACUUCCAAAACAUUUCGAACAUGAUACCAACAAUCCAACAUGGUGRGGGGACUGAGAUGAGAUGAAGCUGCUUYGCUGGGGCAGGAACCUGGACAACAUGACACAGAUAGACACGCCUCUGAACAAAAAUACAUUCUGGUUUUCAUCAAACUACAAAAUAUAAAGUUUGCUGUUAGGGUMAAAUAUUUUUAAGUUGAGAUACAUUUGAUCUGUCGUAUCAAAGAUUCAAUAAAAGGUUAAAUUAUAAACAUGUAAACAAACAUGUUUCAUUUAGUGAGUAGACAUAUAAAACUAUUUAGUUAUUUUUCAUACUGUACAUGAAUAAUUGGGAACUUUCAGAAACAUGUGUCUUUGAGUUUUUAUUCACGUCAUCUCCUUCUAAUCAGAUCCAAACUCAGUCUUCUUCAGCCUCAAGGUGCUCAGAGACACUGACCUGGUUCAGCCUCUGGAUCGUGUUUUCCUUUUAAUUUGAAUGAGAGUGGGAUAUUUCCCAAAUUCMGAAGAACUAAUAAUCUGGUAUUUCUGGGUGAUUCCCCUCUCAUGAGACUUCAGCUUUUGAUCACAGUGCAGGUCGCAGCUGGAGGGCGGUUCUGGUAAAAACUAAUUAUUUGUCAUCUCAGUAAAUAUUCGUGUGCGUACAUCUGGUGGUGAGAAAAUGUGUAGCCWUAUGAGUUUGUGUAUGCGUGUGUUUGUGUGUGGUGGUUGUGAUGGGCAACUUUUCUUCCGAGAUAAGGGCAGAAUGGGGGUUGAGCAAUCUGACCACGACUCCUCUCUCUCUCUCUCUCUCUCUGGGCUGAACGGGACUUCCUUCCUGACCAGCGCAAAAACAAAAACCGCGAGGAAUGUAUAAAUGGGACUCUUGUUUGAGCUUCGGAUCAUCGAUUGGAACCGUUCGAUACAACCGGGGGUCCUAAUUAGAAGUCGCCCUCACUCCGCCGGCAUGAAUCUCGUGACUCCGGCUCUGAUUUUCUGUGCGCUGUUCCUGCAGGAAGCUGCCGCCUCUCAGCGCGCCAGCUGCUCCGGGGGUCUCUGCUGCUUCCAGCACUCCGCGGACUUUGAAGCUGCGCAGAAAGCCUGCGAAGAGUCGAACGGACAGUUGAUCGGAUCCGGCUCUGACGAGCAGAUGGACGUGUUGAAGCGUCUGGUGAGAACGUUCACGGGGAGGUUCUGGUUGCGCGGUGGUACAAACUGCACCGCCGUCUCCGUGGGGAGCGGGUCCGGAGUCUCGUUAGGGCCGGAGCCGUGCCGAAACACCCUGGACGGCUUCUUGUGUCWGUAUGAAUCCUCUUCGGUUUGCGGAGCCGUUCUGAGCAGCGGAGGCACGUCGGUUACGUACAGAACAUUAACGGGCUUUGACGUGUUGGAGUCUGAGACGUUUCCUCCGGGKACCCUGGCCCUGGUGGGACGGUCCGGCGCUCAGUACCCGGACUCCAAGCACCUGUGCAUGUCCACAUGGUUACAGUCUCCGUGGUCCUGCGAGGUCUUCCAGGGCGGCUGCGAUCACGGCUGCAACAAAACCUCCAACACCUGUACGUGUCCGGUCGCGCGUUCUCUCCAUCACAACAACAUCUCCUGCACGGAGCCCACGGCUACCAGACCCCAGGUUCAAGCCAGGCGCUGCCCCGAGGGCUACAAGCCGGCGGCGGACGGCAGACGCUGCGAGGACGUGGAUGAGUGCGCGGAGACGAUGGAUCUCUGCACAGGUGAGGGCGAGGAGUGCGUCAACCUGGACGGGAGGUACGAGUGCAGGUGCGCGGACGACUUUGUGGAGGAGGACGGCGCCUGCGUCAACACGUCGAUCUGCAUGUUAUGCGAGCACAUGAAGUGCGAGAAGGUCAGCGGGGUGUACCAAUGCGCGUGCAAGAAGGGAUACCGGGUGUCCCUCAAAAACCCCACCGAGUGCGAGCAGGACUGCAGCCAGAGGGAGUGUCCUGCGAUCUGCAACAACAAUCUGGYGCUGGAGAAGAAGGACAUGCAACAGUGCUACUGCCCCCAGGGCUUCAUCCUGGACCUCUGGGAGGGCUCCGCCACCUGCUAUGACAUCGACGAGUGCGAAUCCCAGGCGCUCUGCGACCACGAGUGUGAGAACCUGCCCGGUGGGUUCAGGUGUGUGUGCAGGAAUGGCUACCGGCUGCAGGGGACCGACAAGUGUGUCCGUCUGCAGAAGGAAGGGGAGGAGGAGAACGCAUCUGGKUCGCCUCCUGAUCUUGCCAGCACGCCGGUCAGCCUCCAACCGGCCGCCCUGCCAUCUUACAUCAAGACCGGCAGCGUCCUGGGCAUCACCGUGUUCCUGGUGCUGUGCGCGGUUCUGCUGGCGUGCGUGGUGAGACAGGCGUUUAGACGCUGCGCAUCGCUGAACCUGAACUCCAUAAAACACCCGGACAUYGAUAUUUUCUACCUGCAGCAGGUCACAACGGAGACCUACAAGAGAUUAUCGUUCGAUAAGCAGUUUAAAAACGACUCGUAAAGAGUCUGACGGGCGGGCUCACCUGGAGAGCGAUGCACCGAUCAGAUACCGAUGCAACGGUCGAUAUCGAUCGUUUCGAUUUUUCUCUCAAAACAUAAAACCCAACUGUGCUUCAGGUACAAUGAUAAGGGUAGCGUUGCAUUCAACAAAAAUAGGAAGGAAUUACAAAACUCAAAGGCAUAAAACUUGAUUUUUAUUUUUAAAAUGUGUUUAUGGACCAAAAACACCCCCGCCCCCUUUUUUUUAUUAUUAUUUUUUAUUAUUUUAUCUGUGAAGCAUUUGAUGUUAAGAAUUACAGCCUUUUAUUAGUUAGAGAAAAUCGGUGUAUUUUGAUCGGGCUGAUCGGUGCAUCCAAGUUUGUCCUUGGAGACAGAAAAUAUCCUGAGGUCACGUUACAUUUGAAAAAUUUAAGUCAAACUAUUAGUGAAGUGAGAAGUGAAAACAGCUUUAAGAUUUCUGUAUUUGGCUUUUUGA